CUGAGGGGCGGGAUGUCAUGUUCGGUUGCGGAGCUGUGAAACCGGUAACGGAGCAGACGUCCAGCAGCACGUUGUGGAGCCGCGGAGGUGAUUCACUGAAAUCACUCGUUUAUUAAUCCAGCGUUCAUUUUGAUCAUCGACCCGCCGAGAUUUCCAGUUGACCAAAGAAAUGGUGAUGGAGAAGCCAAGUGCCCAGCUGGUCGGGCGAGAGUUUGUCCGACAGUAUUACACACUCCUGAACCAGGCCCCCGACUACCUGCACAGGUUUUAUGGAAAGAACUCGUCCUACGUGCACGGUGGCCUGGACAACAACGGCAAACCGGUGGAGGCUGUUUAUGGACAGUCUGAGAUCCAUAAGAGGGUGAUGGCUCUGAGUUUCCGCGACUGUCACACCAAGAUCAGGCACGUGGACGCCCACGCCACCCUGAACGAGGGCGUGGUGGUGCAGGUGAUGGGCGAGCUGUCCAACAACAUGCAGCCCAUGAGGAAGUUCAUGCAGACCUUCGUGCUGGCGCCUGAGGGCACCGUCGCAAACAAAUUCUACGUCCACAACGACGUGUUUCGUUACCAAGACGAGGUGUUUGGCGACUCUGACUCAGAGCCUCCAGAAGAGUCGGAGGAUGAGGUGGAGGAGAUCGAGGAGAGGGUCCCUUCUCCUGACGUCGCUCCGGAGGAGUCUGCUCCCUUCUACGACCCGUCAGCCUGUUCAGAGCCGGCGGUUCCUGGUGAUGAGGAGGAGGCGGCAGCAGCGAGUCCAGAACCAGAGCCAGAGGUGGAGAAGGAGGCCGAUGCAGCGGUGGUGGAGCUGAAGCCGGAGACGAUGCUGGAGACACAAACAGACUCAAACACAUCCGACGACCAGACAGAGAAAAGCCCUGCCGCCGCCCCGCCCACCGCAGAACCUGCCGCCGUGCCCGCCGAACCCGCCCCCGCCGCUCCAGAAGAAAACAGGCCGUUCUCCUGGGCGUCGGUCACCAGUAAGAACCUCCCUCCCAGCGGGGCUGUCCCCGUCUCAGGAAUCUCCCCACACGUCGUCAAAGCUGCUCCCACAGCACCGCCCAGAGCCGAGGUGAAGUCAGAGUCCCAGACAGCCACACAGAGACCACAGAGAGACCAGAGGCCGCGGGAACAGAGGCCUGGAGGUCCUCCGCCCGUGCACAGAGGACCCAGACCAGUGCGUGAAGGGGAGCAGGGUGAGUCGGAGGGUCGCAGGGUGGUCAGGUACCCCGACGCCCAGCAGCUCUUUGUGGGAAACGUCCCUCACGAUGUGGACAAGACCGAACUGAAGGAGUUCUUUGAACAGUAUGGUACAGUCCUGGAGCUGAGGAUCAACAGCGGAGGGAAGCUACCAAACUUUGGUUUCGUGGUGUUUGACGACUCUGAGCCCGUUCAGAAGAUCCUCAGCAACAGGCCCAUCAAGUUCAGAGGUGACGUCCGCCUGAACGUGGAGGAGAAGAAGACUCGGUCGGCCAGGGAGGGCGACAGGCGGGAUGUGAGGCCUCGUGGUCCAGGAGGUCCCGGCGGUCCCAGAGAGCGAAUAGGAGGCGGUGGAGGACCCCGAGGACCCCCCACCCGCGGAGGCAUGGCACAGAAACCCAGCUUCGGCUCCGGACGGGGCACCGGGCCCAGCGAGGGCCGCUACUCUGCCCAGCGCUAGUGAAGCGCCAGGGUGCUCCAAACCUGAGUUAGAUUAUGAUUAUUGAUCCGCUGCAGCAGGAACCAAUUGGACAAAGCUAAAAUACAAACCUUCUCCACGCUGCCCUCAGGAGGAGGAAGGAGCUGGAGUGACUCACGUCAGUCAGAGUUCAGGCUGCUGCACAAACACACGCCUCCUUCCUGACGUGUUUGCUCCUCGUUCUUCCUCCUGAACCAGCCGACUGAAGGUUUCUGUUUGUAACUGACGCAGGUUUGGUCGAGAGCUUUCACCGUCGGAUCACGCCAGCUCCUGCUGAGUUCAACAGCCAGUCUCAACAUCUGUCUGUCAUGAAGACGGCUGCCUCCUCUUCCUCCCCCUUCACCUCAUUCUUCUUCUUCUUCAUCACCUGCUGCUUUUCAUUUCCCUCCGAGGAACCCAGAAUGUCACUCCUGUUUUUCUUCUGCCCACCUCCUCCUCCUGUCCUCCUCCUGUCUCCUCUCCACCAACACGUAUUAUCUGGACUUUUUUUGUCUUUUUUUUGUUUUGUUUUUCAUGCUGAACUUGAAUUUAUUAAGAAACAAAUCGAAACACGCAAACACAUAAAAAAAAAAGGGUAAAUACUACUUGAAUUGGGGAUUAAAAAACCCAGAGGUUAGGUUUUUUCGCGUUCUCUCUCCCUGUUUCUUAAAGGAACGUGUACUUUACUGCUUGGGCAAUCCUGUGUAUUGCUGCCACCGUUGUAUCUAGCGAUGGAUCUGUCUUAUCUUUUUAUUCUAUCAGGUCAAGAGCUGAACUGUAGUGGUUUUAUUUGAGUAAUAAUGUUGGCUUGUAAUAUGUGGAUUCACGGACGCGUCUGAGUGGAGCAUGUAUCAAAUCAUGUAUCAAAUCCUGUCAGCUUCUACCGAUGCACUUCAUCUGUCAUCAUGUUUAAAAUGAGCUCACCUGCCGAUGAGAGAACUAAAUUAAAAGUGAUUUACUGUUUUAAA